AAUGAGUCAAGAAACCGUUCAUGGUCAAGCUAACCAAGCUUCAAACAACAAACCCGAAAAUGUUCAUACUGAAGCAUCCAGUUUCACACCUCCUAUUCAAACUGAACAAGUGAACUCACAACAUAUUCCCCAAAAUGAUCAAAAUGUCGGAGGUCAACCUGAUGCUAUGUUACCUACCUUAAUGGUAAACUUCUUGCAACAAAUGACUCAUGCCCCUAUGUUUCAACCACCUCCACCACCACUUCCUUUGAUCACUUUAAAAACCUUGAAAGAUAAUGGUGCUGAGGAGUUCCUGGGAGAUCGAAUUGCCGAACCCCAGAUCGCUCUUGAAUGGAUCGAGCAGACCGCUCGUGUACUACAAAAUCUGAACAUACCUCUUACUGAUCAUCCAAAAUUUGCAUCUCAAUUGCUCCGCAAGGAAGCCUAUGAAUGGUGGAAACGCACUGACGAAAAUCCAAACACACCCAAACCAUGGACUUGGGAAUUCUUCGAUUGGGCGUUCAAGAAGGAAUAUAUACCAGCUCGAUUCCGUGAAGAAAAGCGUGCUGAAUUUAUUCAAUUGAAGCAAGGAGAUAUGACACUCCCUGAAUACCGACAAAGAUUUGUCCAUCUCGCUCAAUUUGCACCCACACUGGUGAGCACAGCGGCUGACCGCAUUGAAGAGUUUCGCAAUAGACUUCGACCUGAUCUCAGGCCACACGUAUCUACUAUUCAAACUAUGGAUUUCAUUGAGGCAUACGACCUAAUCUCUAAAGCCGACAAAGAUCUAAGUGAUUAUUAUGAAAGUUUGAAGAUUGAAGUUGUCAAUGUUGGACAGCGCUGUAGGGAAGCCUACAUCGCUGUUCCAGAAGUUUCUGGAAAACCAACCUUGGCUCAACAGCGAUGUCUAAAGUCCAACAUCGCUGUUGGAAGACUUAACGCCAAACCAUGUUUUUGGCUACCCAGGCCAGACAGCGCUGUUGAUUACCUCAACAUCGCUGUUGGUCUUGGUUUAGCCAGACCCAUGGGGGGACAAAGGGAAAGGAUAAUGUGUGGUACUUUGGCUGCAUAUAUGAGGAUUUAUUUGGUGGUUAAAGGGUUAAGAAAGUACCAUGUUUCUCCUGGAAUUUUAUGGUUGUUUAGUGGGUUGUACUAGGGAACAUAGUAGGGACCAUGUUGGGUGGAUGUUGGAAGAUGAAUGGGGCUGUUUUGGUUUCCUAUUGUGACCUGGGAUUAAAAUAGAUAGAAGAUACUUUAUUUUGGAUAUCAAAAGGAAAUGAAAUAUAUUUGGAUGUUUAGG